GUGUUGAGGUAUUUCAAUAUUAUCUCAUAAGAAAGACAUGAAAAACUUGUUUAACAGUGAGCAAGAAAGGCAAAUGACGAUGUCCUCUCUCCUGGUCAUCAUAUUUACUGCAGUUUUAUUUGCAACAAGUGUUCACUCCCUGCAAUGUUACACUUGUUCGACAUAUACUACUCGGGAUCAAUGUAUAACAAAUGUUACGUGCACUGCAGAUGACAUUUACUGUUCUACAGUAGCAACAACAGUUGGUAACAAAACUCAUAUUAUAAAAAGUUGCGCUCCUAUUUGUGUAGAAGUAAAAGUCGAUGAAAGUACUGUCUACACCACCAAAAUAUUUAAAAUAACCUGCUGUAGGAAGGAUUUUUGCAAUUCAGCAAUGAGUGUCAAUAUUAACUGCAAGUUGGUUGCAGCUGCAGCAUGUGCCAUUUUCAGUGUUUUAGAAUUUAUAUUUUGAUUCAGCCAAACGUGUACAUUAUUUUCUUCUGUAAAUUUGAAACCAAAUAAUCCAGUUUAGCAUUGUUUCUUAUAUCUCCAAAAUUAUUUGAGUCAUACUAACAAAAAUACAAAACUAUAUUUCAAACAAAAGUAUUUGUAGAAGUGAAUUAAUUAGCAACACAUUACAUGCAAUAUUAAACAUAUAACCAAAGCAACCCAGGAGCCCUUAAAAGGCUUCCAUGGAAAGAACUUACAUUUUGAUCAUAAGAACUGUUUUAUCAGCCUUUGUCAUCAUUUCUUCCCUUAUCCUUUUUCCUGCCUUCCAUUUUUCACCAACACAUCUUUUUGUUACUUCAUUUCCUGAAAAAAAGUUCCUGAGUUAUGCUUGUUUAUGUUUCCUGCUUUGUUUUUUUUACCCAAGUGCUUACCACUCAUCUGUCUAGAAUUUUACAGAAUGUCCAUAUUUUUGCCUCAUGGCAUUCUUUGGAUGGUUAUAAAAUUUGUAGUUUUCUGACAAAUUGUUUAAGAUUGAAAUCAAUAAAUAAUGACAAACAAAUAUUUGAGUCUUGGAUUUCAAAUCUUUCAGAAAGUGCAUGUUAUUGUAGCAUUUUUCUAAGUUUAUCUCAUUCUUUUUAGCUUUGUCCAGAACAUUUGCCACAAGAGGUUGAGAGGUAUUCCCAGUCCCCAAGUGUUAACCCUCCUCUAGUACUUAAGAUACAGUAGCCUUAAGUCUUGUAGUAUGCUUUUUUUAAUACUCCUUUGUGUGUGAGUGUUAAUGCUUAAUCUUUCUGCCUCCUUGUGCUUUGAUGUACUCAGGUUGGUAUUUUCUAAUUCACAUAUCACAUUUAGUUUUUUUUUUCCUUGGAUUCCACUAAGUUAUGAAAACUGACAAAAAAAUCAGUAUUCGCAUUACUCAAAAAUAAAUAAGAAAGUAAGCAACAUACUACAUCAACAAAAAUAAAUGAAUAAUAAAAUAAGACUGACAAAAAAGGCUACUAAUCAACCAGAAAAAAUAAAAGUGGAGCGAUGAUAAUUACAAGAAUUUCUAAUGGCAGCUGAUUGCUGUGUGGAGAGACUUGGUGCGUGAUAUCAUGUAACAAUGAGAUAUGAAUGUAUAAUUCUGCAACAUAUCUGUUCUUACUUUCUCUAAACUAUACAUUAUAACAGCCAUGUGUUAUUCAUUUAAGGUUGGGAGUUGGCAUUAUUCCAUACAGACACAAGGGGCAGGGUUUGAUUUUUACCUUUGGGGUUAGUGACUAGGCUUAAAAUGGACCAGAAGGGCAAGUCAUAGUCUCUUAGUUAUGUGAAACACCUGUUUAUUUCACUUUAAGUUCCCUUGAAAGUCAAGACGUACUUCAGGGAUCUGCCUUUUGUAGCACCCUCAGACAACUAAGUCAGCAAGUGUCAAUAUCAAAAUGUGUCAAAUACAGAGUUUGGCUUACUGCAAAAUAUGUUGUGCUAUACAUUUGAUAUGCAUUACUAUUAAAUUUAAUUGCAGAUCUUAUACCAAAUUUUUAAAAAGAAAAAAGAUACUAAUGCAAAAUGUCAGCUUCCAGGAGCAGUGUAUCAAGUUACUAAAAAUGAUUUACAUUGUAUGAUAGGCUUUGGGUCAGUGGUGGUAGGAGGUGGGGUAGAAGACAAUGAAGAGCGGCCUUGUUCAAGCUGACUUUCCUGACAUCCAUGUCUCAAACACAUAAUACGCUGGUUAUGAUCAAGAGUUGAUCAUAAUCUUGUAUGCUAUGUUUGUAAUUGUAUUUUGUUCAUUUUAGUCUUUUAUGUGGUUCUGAAUCUUUAAUAAGCAUAUGGAUUAGAGAUAAGUAACCAUACUGAUUAACAAGACAGGUCUUAGCUUCUUUUGCAGUAAUAACACUUUAACUAAACAGUGUUAAUAGCUAACGCAAAUAACUGUAUCAUAGAAAUGGAUGAGCGAAACUGAUGGAAAUCUUAUUUAACAUUAUUGGUCUAAGCUAGUCUAUGCACCUUUAUAAAUCUAGGAAUAACAUAUGUUGCAUAAAUCUUCCUUGACUUUACUGGUAUCCAAAUUCUUGCAGCAUCCUACAAGUGGAAUUAGAGAGAUGAAAGAGAAGAAUGUCACCUUAGUGUUGCUGUAUAUAAAGUCUGUUGGCCUGACUCACAGAUAUACAUCUAUCUAUUUAUCUAUCUAUUUAUCUAUCUAUCUAUCUAUCUAUCUAUCUAUCUAUCUAAAUAUGUAUCUAUCCAAAUACACACAUACACA